AUGAAGCUCGCCCAACCCAGAGUCGACCCCUUAUCUCCCGGCAUAGACCUAGCCGGCAAAACCGCCAUCGUGACAGGCGCAAGCCAAGGCAUGGGUUUUGAAAUAACGAAACAGCUCCUGCAACUGCGCAUAUCGACCGUCAUUCUCGCCGUCCGCAACGUCGCCAAAGGCGAAGCCUGCGCCGAAAGUCUCCGUCAGGACCCUCGCAUUCAGUCGAAUAACCCGAAGGCUGCCAUACAGGUUAUGCAGCUCGACAUGGAUCGGUACGAGAGCGUGCAGGCGUUUGCGAAGCGGGUCCGUGAGGAGGUUCCUAUGGUCGACUUGCUCAUUCUGAACGCGGGCAUUGGGCUUAUCAAACUCGAACGCAGUCCAAGUGGGCAUGAGCGGACGACACAGGUGAAUUAUUAUUCCAACGUACUGCUGGUUGCCGAGCUCUUGCCACAUCUUCAAGCGAGCGCCGAGAAGACAGGGACACCAGCGCGCAUUAGCUGGGUUGGGAGCCGGAGACACCUGGCCUCGAGUAUUGAGCCGCGAUUCUCAUCCUCAUUUUUCGACGAUGCCGAUACGGAUAAGAACGUCCUCGCAUACCUGGACAAAGAGGAGUCGUUCCUGCCUUACCAGCGCUAUAGCGACUCGAAGCUGCUCUGCAUCCUGUUCAUGUAUACCAUCGCCCCGCGCUUGGAUCCGAAUAAGGUCAUCAUCAAUAUGAUGUGUCCCGGAAUGGUCAACACGUCGAUGAGCGAUGUGCUCCCGCUGCACCUGCGCCUCGUGAUGAAUGUCAUCAAGGCGAUCAGGGCGCGGUCUGCCGAGAGCGGAGCCUGGAUUGUUCUGCACAGUGCACUUGUUGAGGGGGCGAAGUCGCAUGGGAGGUUCUUGAUUGACAAGACUAUUGUGGAGAAAGGGCCAUAUAUUAUGUCGCCGGCGGGACAGGGGGUACAGGAGAGAGUCUGGGCUGGGACGAUGGCGGAGAUGCGCAAGUUGACGACGCUUCCUGUCGAGUUCCAAUGA